AUGGCUGUGUACCGUGCUAGGCAAGCGGCAUGCAAACGGGACGUUGACUUUUCGCGGCGAUUGACAAGCAACUUCGACUACCAAAAGAAACUCCAAGAAUCUGCCGCUUCGUCGCCGCAUGUCAGGACGGCCAUCGACACCGCCCCUGAACAUCGCCUCCUUGUGUUCCCAUACCUGACCGAUAACCUCCUCCAGUUCGACAACAAAACGCUCUCCCUGGCCCAAAAGAACAGCAUCCCGAAGAGAGUUCUGCUGAGCCUCGCGGACCUGCACAACAACUGCAUCCUCCACACCGAUGUCAAGCCCAACAACAUCAUGGUGAACUGCGAGGCGGGCCCCUCGAGAGACGUUGUGGUAAAGGAUGUCCAGGUAACCGACCUGGAAGGCUCUGUCGUCAUCCGGCCGGGGAAGGACCUCAAGGGCUGCGUUUCUGCCAACGAAAUCUGGAGGAGCCCCGAGCCGUGGCGGACGAUUCUGCGACGUCAUGUGUCGUGCUUUGGCGGCUUCCCAGGCUUGAGGUCUUUUUAA